UCUUCUUCUUCUUCUUGUUCAUCCUCUCGCUGAAUCUCUCUCAAAUUUCUGACCUAGCUUUUCCUAUCCCAUAUCGUCGAGAAAUGGCGAAUGCACCUACCCCAGGCGGGAUUUCCAAGAUCUUGGCGAAUCCAUCCCCGGAUUCCGCCUCCGAUGUCCCUCAGGUUGUGCUUCAGGUCCUCGAUCUCAAGGCGACGGGAAAUCGCUACAUGUUUACUGCUGCCGAUGGGGAUAUGAAGCUAAAAUCCAUUCUUCCUUCAAACCUUACAUCAGAGGUCAUAUCUGGAAACAUUCAAAAUCUGGGUCUUAUUCGCGUUCUUGAUUAUUCUCUCAAUGACAUUCCGAACAAGCCAGAAAAGUAUCUAAUCGUGACAAAAUGUGAGGUGGUGUCUUCUGCUCUAGAGAAGGAGGUAAAAUUUGAGGUUAAGAAAGAGGAAGCAGAUAUUGUUUUGAAACCCAAGCAAGAGUUAGACGAUAAGAGUGCGGUUAAUACUGGAUCUGGCAUUCUUUUAAAACCAAAGCAAGAAUUGGUUGCCAAAUCAGCUGCCCAGAUUGUACAUGAGCAGAGUACAAAUAUGGCACCAUCUGCACGGAUGUCCAUGACAAGGCGGGUUCAUCCGCUUGUCUACUUAAAUCCGUACCAGGGAGAUUGGACUAUCAAAGUUCGUGUUACAGACAAGGGAAAUCUGCGUACAUACAAGAAUGCUCAGGGAGAAGGUUGUGUUUUCAAUGUGGUGUUGACAGAUGAAGAUGGGACACAAAUACAAGCAACGAUGUUCAAUGAAGCUGCAAGAAAGUUCUAUGAGAAGUUUUCCCUUGGCAAAGUUUACUACGUUUCCAGGGGAACUUUGAAAGUUGCAAAUAAAAAAUUUAAGACAGUUCAAAAUGAUUAUGAAAUGACAUUAAAUGUGAAUUCUCAAGUAGACGAGGUCACCAACGAAGCUGCUUUCGUCCCUGAAACCAAGUUCAAUUUUGUCAAGAUUGAUAUGUUAGGUCCUCACGUGAAUGGAAGAGAUCUUGUUGAUGUUGUUGGAGUUGUACAAAGUGUUUCUCCUACCAUGAGCAUUAGAAGGAAAAUCAACAAUGAGACAGCUCCAAAACGUGAUGUAACUAUUGCUGAUGAGACAAAGAAGACUGUUGUGGUAUCUUUGUGGAAUGAUCUUGCUACCACCGUGGGGCAGGAGUUGCUUGACAUUGUUGAUCAAUCUCCCAUAAUUGCAUUGAAGUAUCUUAGAGUCGGAGAUUUUCAAGGUGUAUCUUUGUCAACUAUAAGUAGGAGCUCAAUUUUAAUAAAUCCAGACAUAAAGGAAGCACAUCAAUUGAGAUCAUGGUACGACUCUGAAGGAAAAGCCAUAUCCAUGGCUUCUGUCAGCUCUGGCAUGAGCCCCUCAUCCAAAAGUGGGUCGAGAUCCAUGUACACUGACCGGGUCUCCCUGUCUCAUAUACUCCAAAACAAAUCUUUGGGAGAAGAAAAGCCAAUGUUCUUCAGCAUAAGAGCAUAUGUCAGCUUUAUUAAACCUGAUCAAACAAUGUGGUAUCGGGCUUGUAAGACAUGCAACAAGAAGGUGACCGAUGCCAUUGGAUCUGGAUAUUGGUGCGAAAGCUGCCAGAAAAACGACGAAGAAUGCAGCUUAAGGUACAUAAUGGUCGUAAGAGUUUCUGAUGCCAGUUGUGAGGCUUGGCUCUCCACAUUCAAUGCGGAAGCGGAGAGGAUUGUUGGGUGCACUGCCGAAGAACUUGACGGGCUCAAAUCACAGAUUGGAGAGGAGGCUUCAUAUCAGCUGAAACUCAAAGAAGCCACUUGGGUUCCACAUUUAUUUCGAGUUAGUGUCUCUCAGAAUGAGUACAACAAUGAGAAGAGGCAAAGGAUCACUGUCAGGUCCGUCGCUCCAGUUGACUUCGCUGCGGAGUCCAGAUUUUUGCUUGAAGAAAUAGCAAAGAUGAAAGCUUCGUAGGGGGGGUUUACUUUAGGACUUUGGUAGAAAUUGUAAAUUAAAUCACCAAUUAACAGUCGUUUGGGUUUUUCUUUUGUCUAGUGACAAUGGGGGAAUGUUUUGUUUAUCAUAUCAUAUCAAUUCAAGGAUGCUUUUGCGUA